AUGACGUUUGGUCUUUCUCAGGAGCAGUACUGUUUUCCGGGCUCUAAUGCCUCGUGUGUUACGGAUCAGUUCAAUGCAGGGAUCAAAGUAGCCCUUUACUUGUUGUUUGUUUUAUGUAUGCUGGUUACCAUUGUAGGGAACUUUAUUGUCAUUGUGUCAAUAGCUCAUUUCAAGGAGUUGCAUAAUCCCACCAACCUGCUUGUUUUAUCUCUUGCUCUUUCGGACCUUCUUGUUGGGGUUGCUGUGAUGCCCUUCAGUGCUAUCCGGACCAUUAAUGGCUGCUGGUUUUACGGGGAUGAUUUCUGUAUGCUUCACUCAAGUUUAGAUAUGUCUCUUACUACUGUUUCUAUGUUCCACCUAAUGUGUAUUGCCGUGGACAGGCAACAAGCAAUAUGUAAUCCUCUGCAUUAUUCUAGGAAUAUCACAAUGUCAGUGGCUUGGAUUAUGGUAUGUGCAAGCUGGGUGUUGGCUACCGUCUUCUCUUAUGGACAAAUUUACUCAAAAGCCAACGUAGCAGGGUUAGAGGAGUAUAUAGAAUCGAUAAAGUGCCUCGGCAGUUGUAACCUUCUCUUUAACCCCCUUUUGGGAAUCCUGGACAGUGUUACUUCCUUUUUCUUUCCCUGCACUGUUAUGGUUUGUCUGUACACUAAAAUAUUUAUUGUGGCUAAAGAGCAUGUCAAAAAGAUUGGAGACAUGAACAAUUGUUCAAACGACAGGGUAAAAGGUGGGUUUGUUAAACAGUCUGAGCAUAAGGCUGCAAAGACUCUGGGUAUUGUGCUUGGUGCCUUUAUCUUUUGUUGGAUGCCGUAUUUUAUGAUUACUAUAAUCGAUUCCUUCACUGGCUUUAAUACAACUGCUGCCCUCUUCGAGGCAUUUGUUUGGUUGGGUUACUUCAACUCAACCUUAAAUCCAAUAAUCUAUGCCUUCUUUUAUCCUUGGUUUAAGAAAUGCUUUUAUCUUAUUGUCAAUCUAAAAAUAUAA